UCGGCACGGAGGAGGCACGGCUCACGGGCGGUGACAGGAGCUCCGGUCAGAGCUCGCUGUCCCCCACAGUCGCCCCCAGUGACCCGCGGUCAGCUCCAGUGAGCAGCUACAGUAGCCCACAGCAGUGGGACCUGUGUCCGAGAGAGUGAGAGGGGAGAGAGUGAUUGGUCAACAGUGAGAAGAGUGGAGCUGCCGUCAACAGUCGGCGGCCUCUGUGACCUCUCGUCUAUCACAGCGUCAACAGUGUCUCCAGUCACGUGGUCUCGCUGUCUCGCGCGGCGCCAGUACUGGCCGAGUCACGUGCUCUGACUGACUGACGCGCCAAACUCGAGUAGGCGCAGGGAAAGUUGGCGCCGCCGGCCUGCGUUCUGCACACACCGCCUCCUCCUCUGACUCAGACACUCGCCAGAUAUGAAGCCAAGAAGAUUGAUACAGUGUGCGAUUGGCAUUUUGCUGCUCACUGUCUGCUCAACCGCCUCGGCAGAAAAAGAUGCCGCCUCAACAGACUCGGACUCGGGAGGUCGCGACAGGUCGGGGGACUCGCGCGGCCUCUUCAAGGAGCUGGUGAAGGGCGCCCUGGUGCUGGCCGGUAACAGCGUGCUGGGCCCGAACGUGACCAGCGCGCUGCGGCCGCUGGCCAGCCCGCUGGUGGACCGACUGCUGCCGGAGGACGGCCUGGGCGGCCUGGGCGGGCCGUCCCAGCCGCUAGACCCCGCGUUCGGCCAGCAGUCGGGGGCUGCUGCCGCGACGGCCGUCCAGCCGGUGGCGCAGACGGCGGCGGCCCAGCAGAACAGCGGCCAGCCGGCGCCCAGCUGCACCACGCCCCAGCUGACCAGCGGAGAGUGCCGAGACCUCAGCGCCUGUCCGCAGAUGCUGCUCGACCUGGGCAACCUGCGCAACAGCAUCUGCUUCCAGUCGCUCUUCGUGCCCGGCGUCUGCUGUCCCAGCUCGGGCUCAUCGUCCAGCGGCGUCCAGACAGCGGUGGCGCAGCGGCCGGUCCGGCCUGCUCCGGUGCCCACCCGGCCCUCGUUCGGCGGCUCUCUGGGCCAGGGUCUGGGCCAGGGCCUGGGCCAGGGCCUGGGCCCGCAGAGGCCCCAGAGGCCGCAGCCGCCGCGGCCGCUGCCCCCGAUCGCCGGCCGGCCCCCGCCGGUGUCCCGUCCGCCACCCGUCAGCAUCCCCGGCGUACCGGUCACACCACAGCGGCGCUUCCCCUGCGGAGUGCCGCAGUCCCCCCAGUUCCGUGUGGUGGGAGGCGACGUGUCCCGUCCGGGCCAGUGGCCCUGGAUGGCCGCCAUCUACCUGCACGGAAAGGGUCGCAAGGAGUACUGGUGUGGCGGCUCACUCAUCUCCAGCCAGUACAUCAUGACGGCCGCCCACUGCACCAAGGACUCCAAGGGAAAGAGCUUCCACCCGCGUCAGUUCACCGUCCGCCUGGGCGACACGGACCUCUCCACACAAUCGGAGGCCUCGGCCACUGUCACGUACCGCGUGUCCGAGUACACGGCACACCCCGACUUCAAGUUGAACGGCUACUACAACGACAUAGCUCUGUUCAAGCUGGACCGGCCGGUGGACUUUAAUGAGUUCACCAUCCCCAUCUGCCUGCCGGAGGAGUACGAGGGCGCCGCGCUCGACUCGCUGGUCGGCAGGACGUCCCACGUCAUCGGCUGGGGUGUCACCACAUACGGCGGUAAGGAGUCGCCUCAGCUGCGCAGUGCAGAGCUGCCCAUCUGGACCCAGCAGAGCUGCGACGAGGCCUACUUCCAGCCCAUCCAAGAGAUGUUCAUCUGCGCGGGCUACGACGACGGCAGGAAGGACGCCUGCCAGGGCGACUCUGGCGGCCCCCUCGUCUACUACGAGCGCGGACGCUACAUGCAGCUGGGCAUCGUCUCCUUCGGAAACCGGUGCGCCCAGGCCGGCUACCCAGGCGUCUAUACGCGAGUCACCAACUUUUUGCCCUGGAUCCGACAGAACCUCCGGGUGUGAUCGUGUGGGGUCGUAGGACCUCCGAGUGUGACCAGGCGGACGAUAGGACCUCCUAGUUAGUGUCACCAGGUGAACCCUUGGACCUUCGAGUGUGACUGAGAAGGACCACAGGACCUCCAGGUCGAACCGGACGGGACCACAGGACCUCAGAGACUGACAGGGAUCGGCGGCCGAUGGCCAGUCGCGGUCGAUACAACAGUGUACCACUGGCUGAGGGACUUUGCGCGGCGCCUGCGCCGAAUGCGACCGACUUCUGCUGGCUAAAGACGUCUGUGUGCAGUGAAAGGGUUAGUGACUCAUGCCUGCGUAUUUACUCAACCGCUAGUGCCGCUGGAUGUCGAUAAAUUUCGACAAGGACUUGUAGAAGACUUCGAGCUGUGACUGUCAUCAGUGCGACCUCAAGUUUGCAGCCGGGUGGUUUUCGUCUUCCAUGCGCAUCCCGUGAGUUCAGGUUCCGAACUCAUCACUCAUGACCCUGACCUUGUCGGAUCGCGGUCAGGUCGUGCUCACUGUGCAGCGCGGCUCAGCAGGGAAGGGGAGGUGCAGGACAGAAAGUGUCUCCUCAACUGAAAAACGGUCGGCCGACGAGUGAGUGUUCGAUCGAGCCGGCGAGCGAGACGGUCGAUCGCGCCUCAAUCGCGAUUCGCUGUUGCCACUUGCCACCGCCGCCGCCGCUACCGCCGCCGCCGGCCGGCCUCAGUGAAAGUGCUGCUCGUUGCCCGUGGGUCCUCCGGCCGGGCCGUGCGCGGCUCGCUGGCACGGCCCGGCCACGGCGCAGCUUGUGCCGGCCUCCCGGGCCGCCGGCGGCCUCCCAGCGAAACAGAAAGCCGCCCAGGCGUGGGCGACCGCGGGCGGACGUCACACACCACACUGACGUGCGAAUCGCUCGCCGCUCGAGAGGUGCUCGGCGCCUUAAGUGAAACUGUUUUUUAUGCUUUUGGUGAUGUCUGAGCAUUAAGUGACACAGCCACGUUGCUAAUGUUUUAAAUGUUAUAAAAUGUGGAUUUUGCGAGUGUUUGCUGUUUGCGGUAACAAUCAGGGUCGCAAUGCCAUGUGUAUGUUGUUUGGCAUCAUAUGCUCAUUACCCAGUAGCUAACAUGCGUCCCAAGGUACUCAAUUGUUACCGAUCAUUUGACAUGUAAAACACGUUAAAUAAACGACGUGACUGAUACUUUG